AUGAUGAAUCUUCGGGACAACAUCCAAAGCUUUAAGCGUUUGGAGGGUGACCCAAUCCAUGAGACUUGGCUAAGAUUUAAGAAGGUGGUGCUCCAAUGCCCAACUCAUGGAUUGCCCGAUAACAUUUUUCUGCAAUACUUUUAUCGAUGCCUUGAUUCGGUGAACAAGGGUGUGGCAGAUCAACUUUCUUCGGUAGGUUUAAUGCAACAACCUCACAUUAUUGCAGCCCAACUCUUGGAUGGUAUGACCAAAUUUAACUGGCAAUGGUACACCCGUGAAGAUCAGGGUUCCCCUCUCACUUUUAAAUUGACCAAAGAACAUAUUGAAAAAGAUCAAGAGAGGGACCAAUACAUGGCAAAGAUGAUGACUCAGAUGGCUAUUUUGGCCAAAAACGUCAUGGGUGCUGCUACUAGGAGUGGUAAAGAUGUCGGUGGUGUAAACCCUAAAGAGGCCAAGUUUGAAAAAUUGUACAACGAGGAAGUAAACUUCUUAGCCAACCAAGGAGGUGGUUAUCGUGCAAACUACCCAAUGUCGGGUGGCAACCAAGGUUGGAAUAGAGAUGAGGGAUGGAGAGAUUGUGACAGAGAGUGGCAUGAUCGGAAUGCUACUUGGAAUAAAAGUGAUGUGGAAAAUGAUAGGUAUGUUCCUCCUCACGAACGUCAAAAGCCGAAAUAUUCUAAGGGUGGCCGGACUGAGGAUAUACUCUCACGUAUUCUCAACAAGGUUGAAGGGUCUGAUAAGGUUUUGAAGAAAAUGAAGGAAGAUGAAUCAACCCUCAACCAGACUGUUACAUCUCAUUCCAUCUCUAUCAAGCAAUUGGAGACCAAAAUGGGUCAAAUUUCUUUACUUUUAAACCCAAGACAGUAA